AUGUAUGAUAUUAAAGGGAAAGAGAUUGAAGUUGAUCCUAAACUACAAAGAUCAACUCGAUACAGACAAUUAUGCCCCUUACUUGUUAAAUUAGCUAAUGAUGCAUCAGAAAGUCCAGAGGCAUUUGUUCUUGUUCAUGAAGUUAUGUUGGAACUAAGUAAGCAAGUGACUAAACUUCAUAUCAAAUACUUAUCAAAUGAUAGUAAUGGUGAUAAGGAUGGUGUGGAGAAUCAUGCCAGCGAUAAUGGUGGCAAAGUUAUUGGGUUUAAAAAGAGAUUUGGUAGAAAGAUAAGUAAAUGGAUAAAGAGUGGACUUGAAACCUCCCAAAGAAUGAGGAGAACAAAAACCUCUAAAAGGCCUCCUCAAGCUUCACAGGGACAACAUAGUCAACUUCAAAAAUUUGAGACAGCAAAUCAAGUGCAUCAUGAUAAUAUAAUGUUGGAUAACUCUCAACCAAGUGAAAUGACCUUUACAAAUUUGUUGCUGGCACCACUUGAUUGCGACGUCAUAUCACUUGAAGCAUUGGAUUUUAGCCAAACACAUAAUACUGGUCCAAGGGUUGACGUAGAUCCUCGCAUAUGA